AAACUCCCAACACACAAUCCACAACACAGCUUGGGAACUGAAAAAGCUACAGAUCCAGCCACUCAACUCGGGGGAACCCAGGAGGAAUCCUUCGCUUUCUACCGGCCCAGAAACCCAGGGAAGAAGCCAAAGUGAGCAACACUUAACAAAGCCAUUUAAGGACCAGAAGGCGGGGAGGUAACUACCUGCUGAAAAGAGAAUUUUCUUUUUAACAUAUCUUUAAAAAGAAAAAAAGCCCAAACAACUUAGCCUGCCUUUGAUGUAAUGGCAUCUGAUCACUGAUCAGAUUACAGGCAUUUGGUCUCCGUGCUCGUCUGCCUUUGAUCUGCACGGUUAAUUUUAUUUUCCUGGAUUUGGAGUUUCGUCUGGGCUUGUGCUGACACACAUUUCUGGGGGAGGAAGAAGCAUUUGGUACAGAAGUGGUGCCAGUAUGAAACUAAAUUACUGAAAGGGCGGAGACUGGAGAGAUUUCAGCACGUUACAGUUUUCAGAUUGGGAAUAUAGUUCAUCAAAAGAUAUUGGGAAUAUAUUUCAUCAAAAGAGAUGGAAUCUAAAAGAUCUUCAAAAGAAAUAUUAUUCACCAUAGUAUUUUUACUAGCACAUUUGCCACGUAGAAUAAUGUCUGAAACAGGAGACUGCAGACAACAAGAAUUUAGGGAUCGCUCUGGAAACUGUAUCCCCUGCAAACAAUGUGGUCCAGGAAUGGAGCUGUCUAAGGAAUGUGGCUUUGGUUAUGGGGAGGAUGCACAGUGCAUGACAUGCAGGCCGCACAGAUUCAAGGAGGACUGGGGCUUUCAGAAAUGCAAACCCUGUCUGGAUUGUGCAUUAGUGAACCGAUUUCAGAAGGCCAACUGUUCUGUCACCAAUGAUGCUGUUUGUGGAGACUGCUUGCCAGGAUUUUACAGGAAGACAAAGCUUGUUGGCUUCCAAGACAUGGAAUGUGUACCUUGUGGAGAUCCACCACCUCCAUAUGAACCUCACUGUACAACCAAAGUAAACCUUGUGAAGAUCCCAUCUACCACCUCCAGUCCACGGGACACGGCUCUGGCAGCUGUGAUCUGUAGCGCGCUGGCCACUGUUCUGUUGGCUCUCCUUAUUCUUUGCGUUAUCUAUUGUAAGAGGCAGUUCAUGGAGAAGAAGCCCCGCUGGUCUAUGAGAUCACAGGAUAUCCAGUACAAUGGGUCAGAGCUGUCAUGUUUUGACAGACCUCGACUUAAUGAAUAUCCUCAUAGAACUUGUUGUCAAUGUCAUCAAGAUUCAGCACAGACUUGUGGACCAGUUCACUUGAUUCCCUCUUUGUGCUGUGAUGAGACCUGUAGCAUGGAUCAUGGCACUCGGGGCUGUGCUCUCCACUCCAGGACCACCCUUCAUGAACGGAAUGCAAGUUCAGUGGGGGAAAUGCUUCCAACAUUCUUUGGUUCCAUUUCCCAUUCUACCUGUGGCGAGCUUUCAGAUGCCUGGCCGCUCAUGCAGAAUCCCAUUUGCAGUGACACACACUCUCUCUCUGAAUCUUACUUGGAACUGAAUGGAGGCGAGAGAAAUUCACUCAACCUAGAAAUAGAAAACUUAGACACAUUGGAUUCAAACAGUAGCCAGGAUCUAGUUGGAACAGUGGCUCCACUUCAUCCUGAUCCUGAAAACUUGGCAGAAACUACUGAAUGGUCUCAACAAAACACAAUUACAGAUCCAUCACUAACUCAGGAGACUUUAUCUUUUAGAAACCAACUGGAGCAAGAAAACAAGGAAAACAUGACUAUGGUUCCCCAACCUUCCCUCCAGGAAGCCUAAAGGACUCUUUUCUACCAGGAAUGGAAGUGUACAUAAUCCUAAUACUACUCUGCUAACACUGGGGAACCGAACCGUGUCUGGACCUUGGAUGGUUUCUGACAAAGCUGAAUAGAACUGGUCCCAUUUCAAAUCUUUCAGCCAAUUGUGUCUGAGCCAGACCAGCUGGGUGCUGAAACCCCAAGCAUAACUUGAGAAAAAGACUGAAGACAGAUUCAUGAUACUUUGCAUCUCUUCCAAACAAGCUGUUUCUAUGCCGCAUUUGUGACUGAAAUUACUAAAGGAUUGAGCUUGAAGCUAAAGAGAUUAUGUCCAUAUAGCAGGAAAAAGAAUCGAGUUAAGAUUUAUAUUCCUCUGUCAAAUGACUGCAUGAGACUGAAGAGAUGGCACAUUUGUGGAUAUCUACAUUUUGUUUUCAAAAGCACACCGUAAAUGGCAUCAUACAGGACGUUGGAUUAAAUUGUUUAGUUUUGAUGUAGAAGGAAUUCAGAAGUGAGUUUUGCUUGUGCAAAGGUCCUUUUUUGAUAGUCUAAGUUCCCUUGCCCAGGGGGUUAGAGUGCUAAUGAGUCCAAAGUCUUGGAGUGAUCUCUACCCUGACUGGUUAGCUUCUUAUAAAGAAGAAUUCAUACAUAGACUGCAUCCUCACUGGUAACCAGGUUUUUGACAAAUGUAUACUCUUGGUCAUAAUGUAGAGUACACAAGAGAGCGGAUGUAUCACCAUUACUGCCAAAAAAAAAAAUAAUAAUGGAUACCUUAUCAAUAGUGGUUCUUUGUGUACAAAGGAUAAUGCACUUAUGUAUGUAUUGAUGAGGAAGCUUUUUAUUGUGUUACAUCUGUUUCCAAGGCUUAGCUUCCAAAGUUCAGAAAUGUCUAUGUCAUAGUUAAACAGUAUUUCUAGGAUAAAGAGCUUUUAUUAAAGUAGUGUCUUUUGUAUUGAAGGCUUAAUAAGCUGUAAUAUAGCAGGUUCAUCCACCAUUAGAGUGUAAAGUUUGUUAGUAGCCUUUGAUAAAACUCCACAAUACAUUAAAAACAGAAGAGAAUUCACAGUUCAGUAUUCAAGGCUGGCAGUUUUUAGUUACAUUAAAAGGGGUUACCUGCAUCAGUGUGUUAUGGUACUGAAACCUCUUCCUGCCCCCCACAGAAUUACUAACUUACCUGUAGGAGAAUAGAAGAAUCAUAAAGGCACUCACUCCAUCCCUUAUUGCCUCUAGAUUUAUGCACUGGAUACUCUGAAGUGAUUUGCUAGUGAAAAAAUUGCCCUGACUGAGUAAAAAAGAAAUGUGCCUGUUUGGGGAGUGUAUUCCCUUUUUCUUUGGCUAAGGAGAUGUUAAAAAGGGGCUCCCCUUUUCAUUAGUAGAGCCUACACAAUCAGGUUUGCUCUGUGAGUUUUAACCAACUCCUCUUGUUAACUCUUGGCCAUAUUUGCACUUUUUAAACAUUGAUUUUUAUCUCAUCAUCAUUGACCCUAUUUUCUGGUCCUUUUAUGUAUUUAAGGUUUUAAGUUGACAUUCAUUUUCCCCCCGGUCUUGUUAAUCCUAUCUUUUCAAAAAGAUUUUUCCCUCUCAUUUAGUACACUGUUAAUUCAACAACAGUAGAAGACGUAAUGUGUCCUCUCCCAAAUAGCUUUGCCUCUCACCAGUCAGUGUGAGGUUGAGAUACAUCUUUGUUAGCUUGUCUUGUUUGCUCUCCCAUCUCAUUACUUCAUUUCCUUCCAGGUGUAAUAGGAAAUUAUAGGGUUUCUUAUAGUCUAUAAUCUUCCAUAUCUACCACAUGAACAGAGUUGAUUUUUUUAAGUAUAAACAUUACUAUCAGUUUAGUCAAAUAUUUGCAUCAGAGAAUUUUAUAUGUUUCAGUAUUAAGAAAAACAUUAUACCCAUUAGAAAGAAAAUCUAAUGUGUGUUAUUGUACAGGACACUUUGCUAACCAAAAGUUAACAGGAAUGUUAUUAGCACAGACAUGAAAAGAAACUUGGUUUUCAUGUUAAAGGAACUACACAUGGCAGGUAUUGUGAAAUUCAUCGAGUCAAAAGUCUAAAGCUUAUUUACUCACGUAAAUACUUUUGACUUGUAUGAAAAUCAUCUUCAGGAAAACCUAUUUUGUGGACAAUUUGCAUAAAUCCUUAAAAAAAAAAAAACUUUUGAAAGUGUAGUCAGAGUCUCACCACAAACCAGGCAUAAUUCAUUUAGAUCAACAAAGCAAGGUAUCCAAAAAAAUAUAGUAAGGAGCAUCAUCAAUUUGAAUGACAUUACAACUCACGAGUACAUGUAAUCAAUUUCAGUUAUUUUCUAUCUAUUCAGAGAUUUACAAAUAGAAAAAAACCUCAGAAACCAUCUUGAUUCAAACUCCUCAUUUUACAGGUGAGGAAACUGAGUCCCAAUGCCUUUAAGGAACUUGCCCAAGAUGACAUGGCUAGCUGGUGACAUAGGCAAGGGCAGAACCCAUGUUUUCUGCCUCCCAAUUCAAUAUUUUUCCUCUAUACCCUGCCGCUUUUGGUAUGACAGAGCAAUGGAACUGUUAGGUUUUUUAAAUCAUUCUUGCCUAAACUCAGUAUUUUUUUUCCAUGUGAAGAACUUUUAAUUGACUUCAAAGACAAACACCUGCAAGAGAACUCUCAAUGAUGUGAAUGAAAUUUUGGCCUUGCAUUUCAAAACAUCACUUGUGAUCUGUGGAGAAAGGUUGCUGCAAGGACAUUUCAUUAUUACCUGCUGAAGAAGCAUAUGAUAAUGUUCUUCUGACUCUCUAAGCUUAGUUAAUAUUUUAGAGAAACUUAGUGCUCAAUUCAGAUUCCUAAAGGUAUUUUUUGAAUGUUGCUUAAUAGUCAACAGACUGACCUUUCAGGGUAUGUGUGCCAAGAAACUCAAAUAAUUCAUGACGUAAAACAUGUAGCCUGCUGGAGUUUACAGUCAGUAUGAUCAUUUUUGGUUUAACAGCUUUGGGGGUAUACUCUAGCCAAUUUGAAUCAGUUCUCAAGAGCUGAUUAUUAAAUAUUCAGCGUGAGAAUUUACACCUUGGGAACUAGCAAAUGUUACAAAGAAGGACUUGAUUUAUUGUUCUGAUGAUUGUCCAGACCUAAUAAACUGAUGGGGGGAAAUGCAAUGCAGAUUAAUUAAAUUUAAAAGUAUGUUACACAUACUUUUUUUUGUUUUGGAGAGCUGGUUGUUAAACAUUUACUAGUAUACCCUUGAACAUUAUUACGUAUGAAAUUCAUUCAAAGAAUGAAGUGUCUAAUAAGAUCACUGAAUUAAAGCAUAGGAUUUUCCCCUCCCCUUUAAUGUAAAUUGUACAUAAUUUUUAAAAAAUAGACUUUUCUACUUUUAAUUGCUAUUGUUUAUAUUGCUUAGGUCAAGCACUGUGGUCUGUGCCAGUAGAAAACGUCCAUUGCCACUUUAAGGGCGUCAGCUUGAAUGAAUUUAGGUUGCGUCAUUGCUUUUUUUGCAUAUGAAACUUUUUUUAAAAUUCCAUAAAUUAUAGUUUUCUUGUAUAAAUAGAUGUGUGUGUGAUGCUUUUUUAUUUGUGAAUAAAAUUGUUACUUAAAUUGUUCUUA